ACAGGUUGAUUCUGCACGUCUUUCAGUUUGCUUUCGGGCUGCUCUUGAGAAAGAACUGAACUUGUUCCGAAGCAUCCUUGGACUUUCGUUAAUGAUAACAGCGGUGCGGGAGAAAGUUUCUUGAAAAUGAAGUCCGUCAUCGGUGCAUUUCUGACCCUUUUCGUAAUCGCCAAAGCAGCCGAACUCCCAAAUGGAUUCAGAACCUGCCACCGAUCGGACCCGCAAUACUACGACUGCUUGAACAAGGCCGUCGUCGAUGCGAUAAUUUCCAUGAGAGGAGGUUUAAAAAGCUUUAGAAUUCUACCUUUGGAACCAUUGGCGGUAGACAGUGUAAAAAUUGGCGAGAGUCAAGGGCCUGUGACUCUUAAACAGGAGUAUAAGAACAUUAAACUACACGGACUCACUCAAGGCCUACAAGUGAAGAAUUACAAUAUCGACUUCAACAAUUGGGUACUAAGAUCUGAUGGAUACUGCCCUCAAGUCGAUUUUGUUGCAGACUACAAAGUCGAUGGCAGGGUUUUAUUGUUGCCAAUCAGAGGCGCGGGCAAGUCCAAUAUAACAAUGUAUGAUUUGGAGACGAAAAAUACUAUUUACUGUGAAGAGUAUGAAAAGAAUGGCGAAAAGUACCUCAGAGUUAAAAAAUACGACAUCAAAUUUCACCCUCGUAAAGUCAUCUUGCAAUUCGACAAUCUCUUCGACGGGGAUACCGUUUUAGGUGAGGAAAUGAACAAAUUCAUCAACCAAAAUUCGGAUCUGCUCUUCAAAGAACUUCAAUCUCCAUAUGAAGAGACAUUUGGUCUAGUGUUCACAAAGAUCAGUAAUGAUAUAUUCAGCCGCAUUCCAAUAAGCAAAAUAUUCCCUAUGUAACAAUUAGUUUCUAAGAAGUGUGUGUGCGGUUGAAAUCAAAAUGUAAGACAAUCAAACAUUUUGAACGUGUGUGAUAUGUGAAAAGUCUUGAAGUUGCAUGAUUUAUCAUUGUAAAACUAUGCCGCUAAAUAUAGUAAAAAUACUCUA